GACGCUGAACCAAACAUGGCGCAGGAGUAUCAAUACUUUUACGAGGAUGAAGUCUACAGAUUUAACAAAAAGGGGAAGCUCGAACUUGGAAUGGUACUUGAAAAUGCCGAGUUUGUGUCUAGUGAUGAGGAAUUCGACGUGGACGAGGAAGAUAAGGUAACGAAGGGCAGCAUUAGGGUGGCGUGGUACCCUAAGGGAGAGGAGCAGGUUCUCCAGGAGCGAAAGGUUGGGCUGGCAGACAGAUCUCUCAUGCCAGGUGAUGUUGUAAGGCGCCUGAUAAGAGGAAAAGACACCCAGCGAGGUUACUGUCGCCAGGUUCACGUAACCUCCAGUGUACAGAUCGUUGGCACAAAACUUGUGAUAUUGAAUGUUGACAGCAAUGACCUUACGCCUCUUGAGGAAUUUACGACAGAUAUUGCAGUGGCACUGGACUCCUGGGUGGGGAUGGUGCACAUGGUGAAGUGCCGUCUGGUGAUGCUGUGUGCCGACGGAUCAAGAUGCGUCAUGUCAGACAGCGAGGCCUUAGAACUGGAUGAUAUGAGGGAUUCCCGAGACAGGGACUCGGAGUUUAGGCGCUACGACUUCUAUCCAGGGCAGCAGCUGGUGGGCUGCGCAAGGGCCUUCGAAGGGGUGGAAUGGAUAUAUCGGACUCGCGAAAUGGAGGUCGCAUUAUCUAAGCCCCACAAAUCGAUUAAGGUUACUGUGGAACAAGUACAGGUUGUGCAGCUUGGUGUCCGUUGGCAGUGCCGUGCAUUUUCUAACGACCCUAAUGUAGACAAGGAGCAACCAAAGUAUUUAGUUCAGGGGGAGGAUUUGAAGAGGGUGAAGAUGCUGAACGUAUUUGAACCUUGCACACUGCAGCUUGGAGACCGUAACUAUUAUGUCUCGAAGGAAGGGGAUGUGAUCAUGACACGUGACCAGUGGAGGAAGCUCAUGGCAGCGCAGUUAACGGCGGACCACACCAAUCCCUGUCCCUUGAGGCCUCGACCAGCCAAGAAUAAGUCGAAAAGGAAACCCCGCUCAGGUUUAACAGGAGAAGUUGAGCAGACUGCAGACGCCCCUGGUGCUCCUACAACAGUAGGUGGUAUUAAAGACACAGAAGGCUCACCUGUGGAAGGUGCUCUUGGAGCUGAAGGAGGGCUACCUGCAGAUGAUGAUACCAAAGACUUUAAUGCAGAUAGUGAUGGAUAUAUUGAUGUAGAUACUGAUGAAUUUUCCGACACAGCUUCAGUCAGUAGUGGGGCAUCAACAGGAUCUGUAGGGAGGCGAAACAAAAAGGGACCUGCAUUGAUGACAAAAAUGAUGAAAAAGCGCAAGCUGAAGAGGGCAAAAAGGAAGACCACCAAUGAGGGACCAGCGAUUAAGACUGGAGAUCAGUUGGUUGUUGAAACUCUCAUGACAACUUCUAAAGCAGAUGUUGUGUGGCAGGAUGGAUCACUGGAGAAGCGUAUUUUGUCAACAGUCCUUUAUCCAAUUCAUCAUUUGGAUGACCAAGAAUUCUUUCCGGGUGACUUUGUGGUUGAGCAGGACUCAGUUGAUCCACAUGAGUAUGGUGUUGUGCAAAGGGUUGAUCAUGCUGGGAGGACAUCCAUUGUAAAGUGGUUCAGAACUUACACAGCUGGAAAUGAACCACAGCCAGAAAUGUUACGUGAACAGGAAGUGAGUGUGUAUGAUUUGCGCGACCAUCCGGAUUUCCGCUACCGUCCAGGCUCUGUAGUUAUAAGAGUGGCCAAUUUUGAAGAGUGUCAGACCUGUUCUACAGGGCAAGUUUUAGAUAACUUUCCAUCCGGAGAAGUAAGCGUUUGGUGGGUAGAUGGGAGAACAUCAGUAUGUUACCCUCAAGAUCUGUACAAAGUGGGUGAGUAUGACUCAGAUGAUGGAGAACUUUGGGAUGACACGGCCUCAGAUGAGUCGUGGGAGACAGAAAGUGAACAUUCUGUGAUUGCAGAGGAAAGUGAAAGUGAAAGUGAGGGAGUACUUAAAACAAGACUUGUAGCAAACAUUGAAAAAGCUCGCAUAGCUAUGAGUCGUCUAGAAGAAAUUUUUACACAGAAUCCUGCACUACAGACCACCGCAGUUAUGAAACAACUUUUAGAUUGUUACAAAGAAUGCAGGUACAUGGAUAAGCUGAUGGGAACAAGCUUCUUCCAUGAAAGCAAUUUCCAGGGACUGAUAGAGAAGGUUCGUGAGCGUGGCAGAGCAUCAACAACUCAGCGCAUGACGGAGCAAAUUAACCGCCUCUUUUCGGCCUCGGACUCGGAAGGCCCCCUAACUCCCAUCAUGAACUGCGGAGAGGGGAGCAAAGCUGGCACGGGGAAUUUCGACAGCGCUAAGGAAGACACGUCCAAGCCAAAUAAGGAUAAUCUGUGUAAUAAGGAUAUGAAACACAACAAGGAGAGUGGGGGAUCUUGCAACGCAGACAGCGACAUCCUCUCCUCCAAAGAUGCCAUCCUCAGCAGUUCGGCCACGUUGUCGGAGAAUUUGGCCAAUCUCAGCUUCUCUCAGGGAAGAACCAGUAAAUCCGAGAAGGUUCUAGAUGGAGGACGAAGUAGGGGGGGUGAGCUACGGCAUAAGAGAAUGAGUGAAACUGACAUGACUCUUCACGAGAAAGUCUCCUCAGACGCACGAAUGAAGGACUCCAAAAGUUGUAAUGAUCUGAAGGUGUCCUCAGAAGUCAUCAGUGGCGUAACAGAGGAGAUCCGCACCUCUCACAUGUGUGCUCAGUUGUGCUCUCUCAUGAAGGCUCAGUUGCUCAAAACCUACGAGGAGGUUGUGUUCCGCUUUGGAGGCCACUUUGACAUGAGUCUCAUGCAAGCUUGUCAGGAUUCUGAGGGUGCACAUGGGGAAACCAAGGACAUCCUGCAGGAUGAUAACAAAGAGAACAUUCCAGUGUUUAUUGCAGAAGACAUAGUUAAUGAAAAUACAACUACCAUUGCACUUGGUCAGGUUGUUCAUCAAACUGUGAUUCCAGUGGAGAAAAAGGAAGAAAACUACGAAAGUAUUGAUGACAAACAGGCUCUCGAUGUCAACGUAACUAAUAACGCCUCCCUUCUGCCGUCUCCUGUGGUGACCGAUGACAUGAUCACCUCCAAUGGGAACAGUGGAGAGACGACUGACAAAAAUACCUUCUCAGAUGAGGCAGAAAAUGAGGCUUUGAUUGAUUCCAUUAUUGCAAAUGCUGUUGCAGCAGUCAACGGAGAAGUUGGGUCAGCAUUUACAACAGGAUCCGAUUGCUUGUCAAGUCCUUCUGAAGGUUUUGAAGUUUUGGAAGCAGCUCCAGACAGUCACAAGUUUAAGCUGACAAUGUUCCAGCCAACCGACCCGCCUCACUUCUACAGGACAGUGCGCAAGGAAAUGAAACUUUUGAAGACCUCCCUCCCUCUAGGAAUCUGGGUCAGAGGUUAUGAAGACCGUAUGGAUCUAUAUUCCGUCAUGAUCCGAGGACCAGAGCGCACACCCUAUGAAGAUGGCCUCUUCUUCUUUGACUUCCAGCUGUCAGCGGACUACCCGCGUGCACCGCCUCUCUGCCACUAUGUUACUUACUGCUCUGACAAACUAAAUCCUAACCUUUAUGAAGAUGGCAAGGUGUGUGUUUCAUUGCUGGGUACAUGGAAUGGAAAAGGCACAGAGGUGUGGACUAGUCAGAGUAACCUUCUGCAGGUCAUCAUAUCCAUUCAAGGGUUGAUCCUGGUAAGUGAGCCAUAUUUCAACGAGGCCGGCUAUGAGCGACAGAAGGGUACCCAGCAAGGGAGGGAGAACUCUCGAAUGUACAACGAAAUGGUGGUGCUAAAGUUAAUACAAGCCAUGGCUAAGGUUAUUCAAGCACCUCCUGACAUCUUUAAAAAGGAAAUUAUUCAACACUUCCAUAAGAGGGCUUUUAAAUUAGUCCAGAGACUUGAAUGCUGGCUAGAAAUAUCAGAAAACCACAAUGCUUCACAUCCAUUGUCUCCCACAACCCCAACAACUUUCAGGGAGAUAUAUCCAUCAGAUGCUAGUGUUGAAUUGCCGGAAUUCCCACUGAUUCCAGCCUCCAAAGGGUUCUGCAUCACCCUUCGCAAGACACUAAAACAAUUUAAGUCCAUCCUUGAGUCUGUUGGUGUGUCGACAGACCAGAAACUCCAGGCCCGUGAGUUAGAUAGCAACUUACCCAAGACUGCCAUUAGCUCCUGCAGCGUCGAGACAAAAGUUGCUAAAGCCACGUGUGUCGAGACGGAAAAGGAAAAAGUUGUCGGUGAUAACUCGUAGCUAUUGUCCAAUUCUAGCUUAUUUAUCCCUGUUAUUACUAGUGUAUUUAUCAAUGUUAAUAAUCAGUGCCUGUGUGGAUUGUGGUGUUCGUUAAGUUUUGCAAAUUGUGGACAUUAUAAGAUCGUAGUCUCCUCUGAUACAAAUUUAGAUCUUUUUCCUUUCUGCAAUGAAGCCAAGAGGAGAUGAUAUUUUGCCCUCCCAGUGACUUUGUUUCAUUAUUCUGAAGAUUCUUUUCGAUAAGUACCUAAAUAAAGACAUUUGUGUUGGUGCACCAUUUUUGAUAAAUCUGUUUAUGGUCUUCUUUCAUAUUUUCCAAUUAUUAUGCAUUUUGAACAUAGAUUGUUGAUAUUGAUACAGUAUACAGUUUCAACCAAUUUUUUUCCGCAUUAUUAUUACUGAAAAAGGAGAUGACUUUAACAUAAUGGCAAACAUAGGAAAUGAUACACCUUUGUUAGAUAUUUUAAUGAUGAUUUUUUUUUUUUUUUUUUUUUAAUAAAGAUAAUUUUGAUAGAUUCUUUCAGUUUUUCAUGUUUGACUUACAAGAAAUUAAAGGAAUCUCUUUAUUAGUCUAUGAUAUUAGCUAAUGUACCUUUCAUGUCAUAUGACUAAGAUUUGGUGGUUUGUCGCUUCAGAUAUGUCGGUUUCUGAAGCUGAUUUUCUUUACAAUUUUAAAGUGGUUGCCGUACCUUAGGUUUUCUUACCAAAACUGAGAUUAAAAAUAUUUAUUUGCAUUAACGGAACAGAGUAGGUUCAGCUGUUUUAGGAAUAUUGUUAUGCAAGUUUUUCCAUGGUCUAUGGUAUUUUUGGUUGUGAUAUUUUUUAUUUUAACAGUAUUAUAGAAAAGGACAAAAAAUAUCAUUCACUCUAGCUGAUUUAAUUUCAAGUUCAGUGCAAAGGGUAUUCAGUUACCAUAGAAAGAGAGCGAGAGAUAUGGCGAGCUGACUUUUUGUAUGCAUCAUUUGAAAAGAAAUUAUAAAUAAUUUUUUUGAAUUAAUUGAUUUAUUUUUUAUUUUUAUUCAUAUGCUGCCUUUGUGCCUGCUAAAGAAGUCUUGGCAGUAUAAUUGAUCAAUCACAGGUAAUAAGUAUCAGUUAAUGUGUUUUGUAGUUAUCAAGUAAUGCGUUUUAUUAAUCUCUGUAUAUUUUUCAUUUUUUUAUCAUUAUUAUUUUCCUUUAGGGUGGGGGGUCUUUUCUAAUAUGAUUAUUGCUAUUAUCACAAUUGUUAUUACUAAUAACUUCUUUUUUUCUUUUUCUUUUUUUCCCCGUCUUUGGUUUAGAAUAAAAGGGAUGCAAUUUGAUCAUUUGAUUGAUAUUAAUGCAUUUACUUAUUUUUUUGUUAACUUCAUUUUACAGGAAGACAGUUAUAAAGGUUAUGAAGUAUGGAAGCUGUCAGAGCUGGAAAUAGAAGAUUUUUCCCUUUAGUUGAAAUCUGUUUUAUUUUGAAUAGUAUUGGAAAUGAAUAUUGGCAAAAAUGUGUAUAUUGAUUUGUGAAUCUUCUUGAUUCCCGUUUGAAAAAUUGUUAUUAAAAGUAGUUAAGGUUAAUAUUAAACUGUUUUGUUGCUAA